CUCCCGAGGGUUUUAGAACAGUGUUAGGACCACUGUGUACUGCGCAAGUCUUUGGAGAGACGCAUCAGUGGGGUAUUAUUAACACCUUCAGCAUCAUACGCAGACAGGAGCUAUCAUGUCGAGAUCUUUCUACGUAGACUCUUUGAUUAUCAAGGAUCCUGCGCGCCCUGCUUUAAGCGAGCACACGAGUCAGGACUUUCUCAUCCCCAUCGGCAUGCACUCACCCGGUGUGAUGACCGUGACUGCACCCGUUUGCCCAUCCCGGAAGACGGGCACCUUCUGUGUGUGUCCACUCUGCGUCACCUCGCAUAUCCACUCUCCCCGGGGCGGGAUCUCACUACUGAAGGGACAGGGCUUCUCUGAUGCGACUUUUUGUCAGAGGGUGGCACAUCAACAGAGCACCGCGAUAACGCACCCGGGGCAUGGACACGCACCUGUCUGCACGCCCACAGGCUACAGCAUCACGGACCCUCGGAGGUAUCACUGCCUCUCUCUAGGUGCGUCUGAUAACAGCCACAUACAGAACGGCAAGCGGAUGCGCACCGCCUUCACCAGCACACAGCUUCUUGAGUUAGAGCGUGAAUUCACGUCUAACAUGUACCUCUCGCGCUUACGCAGGAUUGAAAUUGCCACAUAUCUAAACCUGUCAGAGAAGCAGGUGAAGAUAUGGUUUCAAAACCGCCGAGUUAAACACAAGAAAGAAGGCAAAGGUACGCAAAGAAGUGCGCACGCAGGAUGCAAAUGCUCUGGCAACCACACACACUAUCCGCGCUCAGAAGACGAAGAAUCCCUCUCACCUGUUUCAGGCUCAGAGGAGAAAGAGACCUCGCCCAUCUAGAAGAGACACGAACUUAAAUGACUUAAAUUUGUAGGCUACCAUACAUGGCACAUCUCAGUUUUUGGAACUGUCCAUCAUUCCAUUCUAGAAAAUAUGGAGGUCAAUCCCUCCCUUCUUCCUCUUACUGUGACACUAGAAAUAUUUAAAUAUUGUUAUGUAUUGCUGCAUUGUUGCAUUAUAAGACAAACUGUGAAAUAAUGAUACCUAAAUAGUGUUUUUACUGUUUCUGAAAAGUUUUCUGAAGAUGUUUCAAAAACUAACUGUCACCCUAAGGAUAAAUGUGGGACAUAUUGGGAAAUAAAUAUGUGUGAUAUUGUAAAUAUGCAGACUGUUAAUCCAAUUUGUCCUAUACUACUGAGCAUUUUCUCCUGAAUUUUAUGUGCAUAUUAAAAAUGUGUAUAUUUGUAUUUAUUUAAAUAAAUAAAGUAACAUGUGUAAUUACA